UCCCGGGGUGGUCCGGCCCUGCCUGAGGGCUCCGGCGUUCUGGACCCCUCCAGGCCUGCCACGCCCAGUGCCUGGCGCGCCCGCCCCUCAGGCCCCGUCCCGCCCCGCCCUCGAGCGUGCACGGCGGUGCCUCCGGGUCGCGCUGGCUCUUAGGCGCGCCUGCGAAGACGUGGAUUGCCGCUGCGGCCGCACGUUUGUAAAAGAUGAAAGUGACCUUAUCAUCUUUGGAUACUUGUGAGAGUUCCUUCACACCUUUGGUCGUUCUAGAACUGGCUCAGGAUGUCAAAGAAGAAACCAAAGAAUGGCUGAAGAACAGAAUUGUCUCUAAAAAGGAAGAUGGAGGUGCCCAGCUCCUGUUUAGACCACUAUUAAAUAAAUAUGAGAAAGAAACACUGGAAAAUCAGAACUUAUAUCUUGUUGGUGCCUCUAAGAUUACACUGUUACUGGGUGCAGAAGCAAUAGGUUUGGUAAAAGAGUGUAAUGAUAACACUAUGAGAGCCUUCACAUAUGGAACGCGACAUAACUUCAAAGAUUUUGAUGAUGACAAUAAUGACUUCCUUACAAUGGCAGAAUGUCAAUUCAUUAUCAAACAUGAGCUUGAAAAUCUUAGAGCCAGAGAAGAAAAGAUGAUCCCUGGUUACCCCCAGGCAAAGUUGUAUCCAGGAAAAUCAUUAUUGAGAAGAUUGCUCACCUCUGGCAUCGUGAUUCAGGUGUUCCCACUGCAUGAUAAUGAAGCCCUGAAGAAGCUUGAGGACAGCUGGUACACGCGGUUUACUUUGAAGUAUCAGCCCCUAGACCGUAUUCGUGGCUACUUUGGGGAAACAAUCGCUCUUUACUUUGGAUUUUUGGAAUAUUUCACUGUUGCCUUAAUCCCUAUGGCAGCCAUUGGGUUACCUUACUAUCUGUUUGUGUGGGAAGACUAUGAUAAGUACGUGAUCUUCGCCUCCUUCAACCUGAUCUGGUCCACGGUGAUCCUGGAAGUAUGGAAGCGUGGCUGUGCCAGGAUGACCUACAGGUGGGGGACACUUGUCAUGAAGAGACAGUUUGAGGAGCCUCGGCCGGGAUUCCAUGGGGUCCUGGGUAUCAAUCCCGUCACUGGUAGGGAGGAACCUCUCUACCCCAGCUACAAGAGGCAGUUGCGCAUUUACCUGGUCUCUCUGCCCUUUGUUUGCUUCUGUCUCUAUUUCUCCCUGUAUGUCAUGAUGAUUUACUUUGACAUGGAGGCUUGGGCCUUGAGUCUACACGAGAGCAGUGGAUCGGAGUGGACCAGUAUCCUGUUGUAUGUGCCCAGCAUCAUCUAUGCCAUUGUGAUUGAGAUCAUGAACCGCCUCUAUCGAUACGCUGCUGAGUUUCUAACUUCAUGGGAGAAUCACAGAUUGGAAUCUGCCUACCAGAAUCAUCUAAUUCUGAAAGUUUUAGUGUUCAACUUUCUGAAUUGUUUUGCCUCGCUUUUCUACAUUGCAUUUGUCUUAAGGGAUAUGAAGCUGUUGCGUCAGAGCUUGGCUACUCUCCUUAUUACCUCCCAGAUCCUUAAUCAAAUUAUGGAAUCUCUUCUUCCUUACUGGCUCCAAAAGAAGCACCAUGUGCAGGUGAAGAGGAAGGUGCAGGCCUUAAAAGCUGACAUUGAUGCUACAUUAUAUGAACAAGUUGUCCUAGAAAAAGAAAUGGGAACCUACUUGGGUACCUUUGAUGAUUACUUGGAAUUAUUCCUUCAGUUCGGUUACGUGAGCCUUUUCUCCUGCGUUUACCCAUUAGCAGCUGCCUUUGCUGUGUUAAAUAACUUCACUGAAGUUAAUUCAGAUGCCUUAAAAAUGUGCAGAGUCCUCAAACGGCCAUUCUCAGAACCUUCAGCCAAUAUUGGUGUAUGGCAGUUGGCUUUUGAAACAAUGAGUGUUAUAUCUGUGGUGACCAACUGUGCUCUAAUUGGAAUGUCACCACAAGUGAACGCCCUCUUCCCGGAGUCAAAAUUGGACCUCAUUUUGAUUGUAGUAGCAGUGGAGCAUGCACUUCUGGCUUUAAAGUUCAUACUUGCAUUUGCCAUACCUGAUAAACCACGGCAUAUCCAGAUGAAACUGGCCAAAUUGGAGUUCGAGUCUUUGGAGGCACUCAAGAGGCAGCCAUCUGAAAAUAUUGAAGAAAAGGCCCCAUUUACCAAAGAAGCCAAAAGAGAAAAUCAAAUGAAGCUCAUGGCCCAGAACCUGAAGGAGGACUCAAGGGAAGGCAAUGAGGAGGAGGCCUGAGCACCCACCCGGGCCGCCCUGAGCCGAGGGCAGAGGGGCACCUGGAGCAACAUGGCGGCCCCUGAACCCAGACCCAGGGCGUGGCCACAAGUAGCAGCAGGCCCCUCCUCCCCUCUGCGGUGUCCCGGUGUGGGCCAUGGAGAAGGGAGCUGAUACCCAACCCCUCCCAGUCCCACGCCCAGCCUCCCCCUUCCUUCCUGUCCCUGCAAAGGGCCCCCAUGCCCUUGCAGCAGCACGACCGAGGCCCAGAGCCUGGCUUGCAGUGGACCGCUGCUCCCCGUGUGCCCCUCACAGCGGUGGUCAGCCCUGGGGGCUGGGCAGCGGGUCAGGGCAUGUGACCACCGCACCACCAGCGGGCCUCCAGCAGGCCAAGAGCGGGGGCUUCCUGCGGGACCUCCGUGCAGAGGGACAGGGGCGAGCCAGUGUUUCCAGUACCUGGACAGCUCCAGAUGCCUCUUGCCUGGUUCUCCUUUGCAGUAUGUGAACAGACCCUUUCUCAACAAAAACCAUAGUAACUGAGCUAUUAAAGGCGACACGUACCUCUCUGA